CCGACAAUUAGAAUAUAAAUUCAAUAAAAACAAACAUAUUGCGCAACAUUACAAGUCAUUCAUACAUGAAUACCUAUCAAUGGGUCAUAUGACAUUAUCGCCGACUCAACAUUGGAAUAAAUCACGUGAGACAAGUGAAACGCGUGACUGCUAUCUACCACAUCAUUGCAUUUUAAGAGAUUCCACCACAACAGCUCUGAGAGUCGUUUUUAAUGGAUCUGCUAACACCUCUACCGGAGUCAGCCUUAAUGACAUAAUGCACAAAGGACCCAACCUUCAGAAAGAUCUUUUAUCACUAAUUCUGAAAUGGAGACAGCAUCGAGUUGCCUACAUCGCCGACAUCGAGAAAAUGUUUCGACAAAUAUGGGUGCAUCCAGAAGAUCAGAUCCUGCAGAAGAUUAUCUGGAGAGAUUCGCCUCAAGACAGGUUACAAGAAUACCAACUAACAACAGUCACUUACGGUCAAAAAGCAGCACCUUUCCUAGCAAUGAUGACCUUAAAGCAAUUAGCCCAUGACGAAAGAUGCAACUACCCUGAAGCCGCACAAGCCCUCGAAGAAUGCUUCUACAUGGAUGACCUUCUACACGGCUCCCACUCCGUCUCAUCAGCUAAACAAUUACAGCAACAAUUACAAAAGCUACUACAAUCUGGAGGUUUUUACUUAAGAAAAUGGAUGUCAAACCACCAGGAGCUGUCCAGACCUGACUAUCAAAAUAAGUCAGAUGAAAACAAAUACAACUUCAAAGAGAUGGAAUCAAGAAAAACAUUAGGACUCCAAUGGGACCCUUCUCAAGACAUCUUUCAUUUUGAAUCUAAAUUGGAAUCAACUUCGGACGUCGCACAAAAUACAACAAAACGUCAACUAUUAUCAGAAAUCUCCAAAUUAUUCGAUCCUUUGGGUUGGCUCACCCCCUAUCUACUAAACUGAAACUACUUUUUCAACUUUUGUGGACAACUCCUCUGAAAUGGGAUGACAACAUACCUAAUGACAUGCAUAAGGAAUGGAAAAUUAUUAAAGAAGACAUAAACAAUAACAUAAACACAUUCAAAAUAGAAAGAUGGAUCGGCACUCACGUCGUCAGCGAUAUCGAGUUACAUGCAUUCAGUGACGCGACGCCGCAAGCUUAUGCGUGCGUCAUUUAUUGCAAAAUAAACAUAGAAGGCCAGACGAAAAUCGUUUUACUAGCUGGAAAAUCAAGAUUGGUGCCGAAUAGCAAAACUGUCACAUUGCCAAGAGCAGAAUUGUGUGGAGCCCAUCUUCUUGCCAAACUAAUGAUUAAGAUAAAGCAAUGUUUAAACAACCAUAAUAUCAAGGUCUAUGGUUGGGUGGAUUCAACCGCAGUCUUGGGUUGGCUGCAAGGCGAUCCUAACCGCUGGAAUACAUUCGUCGCCAACAGGGUGCGACAAAUCACAGAAGUCAUCCCUCCCGAGUGCUGGCGCUACGUUAAAUCGGCAGAAAACCCUUCGGAUUGCGCAAGCAGAGGACUUACCGCGUCUCAACUAAAACAACAUACUUUAUGGUGGCAAGGGCCCACCUGGUUGCCGACAUUUCAAGCAGAUAAAUACGAUAAACAAAUGAACUACCCAACCCACGAAGAACAAAAUAUACCACAAGUGAACGUUGCGGUAAAUACUGAACCAGAAGACAAUCUCAUCGACCAACUAAUAAACAAAUACAGCUCAUUCUCAAAAUUAAUACAUGUACUAGCCUGGGUCCGCCGAUUCAUAUCAAAAAAGCAAGACAGAAAAUCUAGUAAUUAUCUGCAUUUAUCCGAACUACGAGAAGCAACGACCUUAAUUAUUAAGCGAGUCCAAAAAACCGAAUUUCAAGAAGAAUACCAAGCAUUGAAGAAAAGCCGAUCAAUUUCAACUAAGAGCAACAUACUCGAUUUGUGUCCAUUUAUAGACGAAGAAGGCGUCCUACGAGUCAAGGGAAGAUUGAGAAACGCGUACAUUACGUUUGACAUGAAACACCCAAUCAUUUUACCGCAUAAACAUCGCUUGACUAGCCUUAUCAUAGACCACGCACAUAAAAUGGCUCUUCAUGGCCCUGCGCGAACAACCCUAAACUUCAUACGAAAUAAAUAUUGGAUCGUUGGGGGCAACAGCGCCACCAAACAAUUUAUUCGUCACUGCGUAAUCUGCAAGAAACAAAAAGCAAACAUGCGAAAUCAAAUCAUGGGGGAUUUACCUGCAGCAAGAAGCAAUCCAUCUCGUCCCUUUGAACAUACUGGCGUAGACUUCACCGGCCACGUAUUCCUUAAAGCCAACAAGGGUCGCGGUAUCAAGACCACUAAAGGAUACGUUUGCGUGUUUGUCUGCAUGGCUACAAAAGCUGUCCAUCUCGAGCUGGUAUCUGACAUGACAGCAUCAGCUUUCAUAGCAGCUUUGCGCAGAAUGGCUGCUCGAAGAGGAACUCCGCUGCACAUCUACAGCGAUAAUGGAAGAAACUUCCUUAAGGCUAGCAAGAUACUUAAGGAAGAAUACCUUGAAAUCCAAAAUGUCGUGAACACCGAAUGUCAGGGAGCAAUAUCAGACAUGGGAAUCACCUGGCACUUCAAUGCACCCGCAUGGCCUUCAGCAGGAGGAUUAUGGGAAGGCUGUGUUAAGGUUUUCAAGUACCACCUGAAGCGUGUCAUCGGAGAGCAAAAACUAACUUAUGAAGAAUUCAGCAGUUUAUUAGCUCAGAUCGAAGGAUGCAUGAAUUCGAGACCACUAUGCGCUAUAUCUGAAGAUCCUGAUGACAUCAACUAUUUGACUCCUUCCCAUUUUCUCAGUAGCGGACCCACUUUAACAUUGAUCGAAACAGAAAGAGAUUUGCGUACCCGAUGGCAACUCACUCAGAAAAUAUUUCAAGACUUGUGGAAGAGAUGGCGUUCUGAAUACCUAGCACUGUUAAACUCAAGAAAUAAAUGGAAAAAGUCACAAGACAACAUCAGCAUCAAUGACGUCGUGCUUAUUCAUGACGAUAACCUGCCGCCCGGCAAGUGGGCAAUGGGCAGAGUUAUAGAGCUACAUCCGGGACAAGACGGAUAUGUAAGGGUUGUUACACUCAAAACAAAAAACGGCACACUGAAGCGCCCAGUAGUCAAGCUCUCCCUUUUGUUAGAGCACACCGAAGAAGAGCCCAGAAUGAAUCAAAGUAACUCGCUACCUGAGCGAGAUACCGAUAAGCAAAACUCGACAAGAAGUUAUCAAAAACCGAAGGCAAACAAGGCCACAUUGUCAUCAAUAUUCGCCGUAUUACUACUACUUUUAUCAUGCCUCACAACCGGUCAGUGCGAUGUCAACAUCAUACCAUUUCGUGAAACACAAGGGCUAUACUUCGAUAAAUUAGCAAACAUGUUGCUAAUUAGAGAUGAAUGGAAGCUGGUCGUCUAUUACAACAUGGAGCCUUACUGGGACGCAACAAACGCAUUACAAAAAUACAGCCGAUUUCUAAAAGAUACAUGCGAAACUAUCAAGACACAAGUCCACUGUGACGUAAUAUUACUACAACUUCGUCAUGGAUUCUCCGAACUUGAGUACUAUAAUGAAAUAUUACUCAGUCAGCAUUCGAGCACCCGACAAUCAUCGCUACGAACACUACGAACCCGCCGCGGCCUUGCCGACGGUGUCGGUUACUUAGCUAAUAGCCUAUUUGGCGUAUUAGAUGCACGAUUCGCCGAACAAUAUAGAAGAGAUAUUGCACUUUUACAACACAACGCUCAGCACAUGGCUUCACUUUGGAAAAAUCAAACCUCCGUAGUCGAAGCGGAAUAUAAUUUAUUAAAGCGUAGCGAAGAUACAAUGAAUCAACAGCAUAAAAUGAUAAAUCAACAUAUGAACAAUUUGGAAGAAGCGUUCAAGAAUUUACAACACAAGGUUGAAACUAACAACAUAGUUAAUGACUUCAACUUAGGAACUAUUAUCGCAAGUAAUAUGCUCCACAACUUAAAGGGAAUGCAGGACAUGUUAUUGGACACCGUCACCGACAUCCACCAAGGACGUUUUAACCCACACGUGCUCACUCCGGAACAACUUAUUAAUGAGUUAAGCGCCGUUGCAAGCAAUCUACCAAGAGACGUGUCCCUGCCUAUUGACAACUUACACACGGAUCUACGCAAAAUAUACAACCUGUUGAAAGUAAAGGCAAGGAUGAUGGACGACGUACUUAUUUUCGAGAUAAGGCUGCCUCUAGUUAGCCGAGAUGUUUAUGAACUUCUAAGGAUUAUUCCGAUACCCAAAAGGACUGGAAACAAGAUAACCACUGUUAUACCUGUAUCGGAGUAUGUCUCCAUAAACAUGAAAAAAGACAUGUAUAUUCCUGUCUCAGAAAAUGAUAUCAGAGCUUGCACAAUAUCAUCAGAUUCCUAUUUCUGCUACAUCAAGAAACCAGUCUAUCAAUUGAAAGGCGACAACAGUUUUUGUGAAUCAGACAAAUCGGGAUGCAAGACUGCCAGCACGACAUGCACAAAUAAUUGGAUCGAAAGUAGCGCUCUAAAUACCUAUAUUUAUUUUUGUUGUGCACAGUGUCAAGUUCGAACAUUGUGCGCGGAUCAAGUCACCGCGCACCAGCUGACGAAUGCCGGACUUAUAAACAAAAACGAAUCUGAAGAUCUACAAAGGGAAACUAGCGAACUUGGAGAAAAGAUUGAACAAUUGAAGACCACCGAAGUUAACGCCGAGACCAUAUCAUAUCACGAUAUUCAUCACUACGCCAUGAUAUACGUGAUUCUUGGAGUAUUCGGAACUACAGCAUUAUUUAUCAUAAUACGACGAACGCUCGGGAAAAUGCCGCCUACGCCGUCCCGACACAUCGCCGAGGAACCUCCGGCCGCCACGCCGCCCCCGCCCCGCGCGUCGCCGCGCUCCGUCGUCGUCACCGAGGCGCACCAACUCAGCGAUGAAGAACACUGCGACACCAGCAUCUCCCUCUCCUCUCAACCGCCCCCGGAAUAUGUACAAGUAAAUUGCACAUGCGUCAUCGAGUAA